AUGUAUAUAGCUGCGAUCUGUCGAGCGCUUCUCGACUACUGGGUGGAGAUUAUUACGAGCACCACAUUUUGUUAUUUCGCCGGAUCUGCGGUGUACAACCUUUACCUCAGCCCCUUGGCAAGGUAUCCAGGUCCGUUCCUGUCAAAGAUCUCCUCGAUUCCCGACUUUUACUGGUCCUUGACCGGAACUCGACAUCUAUGGAUUGCUCAUAAUCAUAAAAUCUACGGAGAAGUAUUUCGCUAUCGGCCCGAUGGCCUUCUUUUCAAAACACCACAAGCCUAUCGCGAUAUCUUCAACAACAAAGCCAACGUCAAGCGGUCGAAAUUUUACGACAUCAUGACCCGUCAUUCAGAAGACACCAGUACGCUUACUGGAACUGACUCGGUGCUUCAUGCACAAAAGCGACGCGUUCUGAACUCCGUCUUUUCCGAAAAGUCGAUUCGUUCCAUGGAGCCACUUCUUGCUAAGCAUGUUACCCGGUGGUGUGAGCUCUUGACUGAUGAUGAUGGGACCGAGUGGUCAUUGCCGAGAAAAAUGUCAGAUACCUGCGACUACCUUGUUCUCGAUGUACUCUGUGACCUUUGCUUUGGACGAACAGUUAAUACAAAGGAACCGGGUGAAAAUGAGUAUCGAAAGAUCCCACACAUAAUUGCAUUUUUCCUGAAGAUUCUGUAUUCCCUCGGCCAUUCCCCAUGGUUGAACCUUGUUGUUUCGCUCAAGCCACGAGGCCUUGACUGGGUUCUUGCGGUGAUGACUCCGUCACAAGUUCGGUUCCUAUACGACUUCGUGCGAGAGUCACUAAACCGAAGACUGAAACUGCAGAGCUCCGAGUCGCACCAAAGACGGAGUGAUAUGUUGCAGCAUCUUAUCAACGCAGUAGAUCCGGUAACGGGUCAGCCGGGGUUCAGCCCGGCAGCACUGGAGGCCGAGGUCAUCAUGUUGACCAUUGCAGGCUCAGAUACCACGUCUGUAAUCCUGGCGGGAUUUUUCUUCUACAUCACUCGCACGCCUCACGCAUAUACAAAGAUUGUCAACGAAAUCAGAAGCACGUUCCAAUCCUUCGAGGAAAUAAAAAGCGGUCCCAAGCUUCUGUCUAGCUGUCCCUAUAUGCGCGCUUGCGUAGAUGAGGCAAUGCGAGUCACACCCGCCGGGUCCUCCGAGUUGCCACGAAUCGUUCUUGUAGGGGGCAUGAUGAUCGACGGCGCAUAUAUCCCCGAGGGCACAACUGUCGGCGUGUCGCACUGGAGCUUCUAUCGCAACGAAGAACAUUUUACAGACCCUAAUAUAUAUCGACCCGAAAGAUGGAUAGUUGACCCAGCGACUGGAGUCACCGAAGAAGAUGUGGCUCGGGCCCGUUCAAGCUGUGUUCCGUUCACUGCUGGAACAACAAGCUGUGCUGGAAAGAAUUUCGCCCUUCUAGAAAUAUACCUGACAAUUGCCAAAACACUCUGGCUGAAUGAUAUGCGCCUGCUACCGGGAGACACGACUGGAACUGGAAACAAGGAUACGAUCUGGGGGAACCAUGACCCGAAUGUGUUUCAAGUCAUUGACAGUUAUAUUAGCAUCAGGGACGGACCGAUGGUGCAGUUCCGGAAGAGACCAUAG